UCUCGCUCGCUGCGCGACUGGAGUGGCUCGGUUCGGACCGCUACGCUUGCAUCCCGCUGAGAUCGGUUCGCUGGGCACCCCUAGCUGGACCGCGGCUACAGUCCCGCAGCUGUUUUGUUUUCGUGUCGUGCGAGCCGCCUCAGUGUGUGACCCCCAACAUGUGCUGAUGUCCACGGCCGAGCUCUUGAUGGCUCCUCAAGGAGGCGGCGGCGACCGGUCAUCGGAGAGCAGCAGCGGUAGCCAGGCUUCUCUCAAACGCAGCUCCAGCGAGGGAGCGCAGGAAAUCAACGGCGUCACCCGCCGUUCCUCUCCUCCCGCGGCACCGUCUCCCGAAGGGGCCGCUGCGGUCGUCGUCGCCAGCGAUGAAGGCGCCCCUAACGGCGGCGAAGGUGGCUGCGGCAUCGCGCAACCCGCCGACGCCGCGAUGGCGGCUGCUGCCCCGCGCCGCAUCGCUGCCGCCGCCACCGAGUUGCAGCCUCCGCAGCCAACGUCAGCGGCCGCCACACCGUCGGAAGAGUCGGCGCCCGCCUGCUCCACGCCGGUGGCCGAGGCGUCGGACCGGCUGCGUCCAAGGCCCGCAGCCGCGCCGUCCUCCACGACACCAGCGGUUAACGCAGUGGCAGCCACGGCGGUGGCGUCGGCCGAGCCGGACGCAGCGUCUAACGCCGAAUCGACCGGCCAGCGGACACGCCGCCGUAAGAAGAGGAAGCCUGAGGGCUCACCAACUCUCCAGGUGUCACUGCAUAACAGCCGGAAUGAAGCUGUCAGGUGCCCAUCACCAUCAAGUCCAAGCCAAAGCCCACAGCUGGGUGCUCGGUCUCCAUGUUUCGAUGGGGAUCGCACAGCGACCUCAGCUGCAGUGCUAUCACUUGAUGCUUCUUCAGAGAAUGCGGCUGCAGUGGGUGACAGCCAAGGAUCUCUGGAUCGAGCAUCAGACUCAUCUCGUUCUUCCCAGACUGCAUAUGAGUGCCAGAUACAACUGACCUGCCAACUCAUGCCUGGUAUGCAUGUUAUGCAGCCACUGGCACCACCUUCUCUUCUUGGCUGCCCAUCGGAGAUAGGGAUGUCGCCACGGCCCAGUCCUGAAGGGACACGCGAGCCCUUAAGCCGAAGCCUUGAGAAAUCUACAGACAGCAAAGGAAGCAACAAGAUGCUUGAGAAGAAAAAGAAGACAUCGUCCUGGUACAAUAUGCUGAAUCCAACGUACAAGUCGCGCAGUGAAGACUUCAAGCGGCUCUUUAAGGACUUGCCUGAGACAGAACGACUCAUUGUUGACUACUCAUGCGCCCUGCAGAGGGACAUCCUUGUGCAUGGGCGCCUUUACGUGACGCAGAACUUCAUCUGCUUCUACGCCAACAUCUUCCGCUGGGAGACCAAUGUGGUGAUCCGGUGCAAAGACGUGACCAGCAUGACCAAGGAGAAGACUGCCCGUGUGAUCCCCAAUGCAGUCCAGGUAUGCACAGACCACGAAAGGCACUUCUUCACAUCAUUUGGUGCGCGGGACAAGACAUAUCUCAUGCUGUUCCGCAUCUGGCAGAACGCACUCAUGGAGCAGCCCAUGUCAACACAGGAGCUGUGGCAGUGGGUCCACUACAGUUACGGAGAUGAGCUGGGGCUGACGAGUGACGAUGACGACUACGUCGCACCGCCAUAUCUGGAAGACGAGGCACGCCGAGGACGGCUCGCCGCUGCCCUCAAGGCUGGCCCUCAGCCACCUAGCCUCUUUGAGGAAGAGCUUCCCAAUGGGGAAGACGAUGAAGAUGAAGAGGCUUCAGGGCCCGAGCUGUUCGCAAGCGCCCGCGAGGCUCAGCAUUCGGAGAUGCCAACAGACUUGAGUGACUCAAGCGACACAGCCGAGCCACCCGAAUGUCCGUCGACACACGAGGGCAGGCAGAUCCUGAACCUGACGCUGCCACUGUCUGUGGACCAGCUGUUCACGCUGCUGUUCACAGGGUCGCGCUUCUUCCAUGACCUUCUGACCUCGCGCAAGACGUACGAUGUCACCGAGAGCAACUGGCAGCCCUGCCCUGAGACGGGAAACAAACUGCGCCAGCUCACCUACACAGUCACCCUCAACCACGCCAUGGCCAAGGCAGCACAGACAACAGAGACACAGAUUCUGCACAAGGCAAGCCGGCCGGGCCAUGUCUAUGCCAUUGACUGCGAUGUGCAAAGCACAGGCGUGCCAUACUGUGAUGCCUUCUGUGUCAAAUCCCACUACUGCCUGGCUCGGCUGUCCGACAGCCGCUCCCGCCUGUGCAUAUAUGGUUGCGUCCGCUACAAGAAGUCUGUCUGGGGGCUUGUAAAAGCUGUAAUAGAGAAGAAUACCCAACAGGGUCUGGAAGGCUUCUGCAAUGAUCUCGAGUCAGCGCUGCUGCGAGAAGCGGAACGACUGCAGCCAUCUGGCGGUAAUCUAAAGCAGCGGCGGCGACGUCUUCAGGGUACCAAACGUAGCAAUGCCAACCGUGAUCACUCCAGCAGCUCCCAGGCCGGGUUUGGAUCCUCCUUUGUGCUUGCCAGGAGCUCAGAAAGUCGUCGUCUGGCAACUAGCACAGCUGUCAAGGUCCUGCUCGUGCUGGUGAGCCUGGUGCUGUUGAUGAACAUAGCGUUGCUCUACUGGCUGUGGGCAUCGAAUGCUAUGCCCGACAGAUCGCCCACGCUCGAUGUCUGGGUGCUCGAGCCGCCUCCGCAGAAUGCUGAAGAUUGGGUGCGUCUAAUGUCUCAGCGGGAGGCAUUCCACCGGCAGCGCCUUGACCUGUGGCAACGUGCCCUGCAUGACCUACGGCACCAGUUGCAUAUGAUGGAGUCCUCCCUGCAGCGGCUGCAGCAAAGUCUGCAAAUGGCCCCCGUGACCAACAGCAGUGUGCCAUUGCCUACUGCCCCUUCUUCUUCUUCGCCCGGCGACUUAUGACGUGCUGUCUAGUCCGCGAAGGCAAAGGGGAGGCAUCUUUCGUCCUCAUCACCGUCCCUCCUCUCUUGCCUUCGAAGCAGCAGUUUGCCUGUGCUAGAGAAUGUGUGUGUGUGCACGGCCACGUGUGAUAGAAAGCAGGGGACGCCCCCUGCUGUGCAGGGGCGCGCCCCCGACUAGGUUGUGCCCUCCUAGUCUCUCUGCUGGCACCAACCUGCCCUGCCUAGAAGCUGCGUUGAGGUGCAGAUUGGGACGCUGGGACGCCUUGAAUGAAAGCAGUGCGAAAUGCGCAGGAGUUCAUGGAAACUGAGAUUUGCACUAACACCCAGUCUGGUAACUGAACAUGUAUAUCUGUGCCGUAGAUCUCUCAAGUGCCGGCACUUGCUUGAUCAAUGUACGACAGCGAAGCAGCCACGAUGCACAUACCAAGAUCUCCGAAGCCCUGGGUAUUCACAAUCGAAGUGCAUCAGUAGCAGUAGUCCUUCAAUUGCAUCUUCAGAACGGAACGAAUUGCCUUUCUUUUUCCUUAAGUUAUGCUCUUAAUGAUAUUUAUUAUGGCACAUGAAUUUGUUCAGUUGCUAGUUACAACCUGUGUGUCCCUUCUCCUCGUAGUUUAUUUUGCACUGUUUUCUUUUGAGACAUCUGGAUAUGCUAGCGUGCCAGCUCCACCACAAAACCAGCUUUCGCCUCCUGGGCAGUCGUCCUCGUCAGCAGAGUUAGAAGUGGCAGCGGCCACACCCCCUUGUGGAGCAGUACGCCUGGCAGCUGGUCUGACAGGCACUGUGCCCUUUCUUCUUUUUUUUGGGAGGGGGGGGCCUCCCUCACCUCCACCAAUCAACCUCGGCGCUUCAUGCCCAAUAUGUGUGUAAUGCAUCGAGAUGCUGCAGAGUAUUUUGUUGUUUCACUCUUGUUGCCUAAAUUUACGAGGUGUAGUUUUGACAUUGUUGGUUGGAUUUUGCGUGUUUCGAAGUAUGUCUACCCUGGCAUAGCUUACCAAGCCAAAGCCUGUCGUGUCACUUCUCCUAACACACACACGAUCAUAGACUUGUAAUUUAAGGGCAAUAAAAUAUUUUUCUCUGAUUA